AAAUAAUAUUUUCUAUGUUUCAAUGCUGACAGACAAGAACCUUGGAGCGUUCCGAAGCAUCGGAGAGAAAACAGCAUCACUCUUCGAGAGGAAGAAGAAGGAUGCUGAGCAGCUUGCCCAAGAGAAAGUAGCUGAGGCCGCCCACGUUGUCGAAGAGCAAGUGAAAAAGACUGGUGAACUGGUCGCUGGUGCUGAGAAGAGCGCUAAUGAUGCUGCUAACACAGCAAAUGAAACGAAGCAAUCGGCUAUCGAUGCUCUUGACAAGGAGCUGUCGAAGGUGUCCCUAGCUGCUGGUGAGGCAAAGGACGCGGCAGCGAAGGCAGUAGCUGACGGCAAGAAGGUCGUUGACACCACCAAAGAUACGAUAGCUACGACAGUUGAUAACACAAAGAAAGCAGCGGAAACAGCACUGAACACAGCAAAAGAUACGCUCAGUAGCACAGUAGACACAACUAAAAGCACAGCACAGUCUGUGGUGGAUACGGGAAAGAGUUACGCAACUGGGGCAAAAGAAAGUUCUAAUAAUUCAUUAGAAAUGUCCAAGGAAUGUGGUGAUUCGUUUUUAGAGACAACUAAACAAUAUGUCUCUAGUGUAAAAGAUUCUGUAUCAAGUACUGUAGAUAGCACAAAGAAGGCUGCUCAAAGUACCUUUGAAACAGGAAAAUCGUACGUCGAUUCAACAAAAGACUCUGUUAUAAAUACUAUUCAAUCAACUGUAGACACGACUAAGCAAACUGCUCAAUCAGCUGUUGAUACGGGAAAAUCGUAUGUCACUAGUGCUAAAGAUACGUUAUCAAGCACAGUAGAAGCUGCACAAAAAUCAGCACAAUCUGCUUUUGAUACUGGAAAGAGUUACGUAGAUACUGCUAAAGAAACCGUAGAUGUGAACAAAAAUGCAAGCGUCGCAGCAAGCAAAGUCUAUAUAGAUUCUGCUAAAGAUACUGUUACAAGCACUGUUGAUAGUACAAAGAAAGCUGCUCAAAGCACAAUGGAAACCGGAAAAUCUUACGUUGACUCUGCCAAAGAUACAGUUCAAAGCACAUUAAUGAGCACAAUAGAUAUAGCAAAAAGCACAGCCAAUUCUGUAGUUGAAACUGGAAAAUCUUAUGUCGAUACAGCUAAAGACUCUGUCGCCAACACUGUAGAUUCUACCAAAAAAACGGCCACGUCAGUUGUUGAUACUGGGUCGUCCUACAUUGGUGCAGCUAAAGAUACUGUGACUAAUACUGUACAAAGCACAUUAGAUGUAACAAAGAAUGUUGCUCAAGCCGCUGUUGAAAAAGGCACUGCUCUUGUUGGCACCGCUAAAGACACCGUAGUAAAUGCCGUAGAUACGACAAAAUCAGUCGCACAAGGCGCAGUAGACACAACUAAAACUGCAGCACAAAGCGCAGUGGAAACAACCAAAUCUGUGGCACAAAAUAUUGUAGAAAAGGGCACAUCAUUAGUAGGCACUGCUAAAGACACCGUAGCAAGCACUGUUGAUUCUACCAAAAAUGUAGCAACAUCAGCAGCCGAUAAAGGAUUUGGCUUAAUUAAUAGUGCUAAAGAAACAGUUACAAAUUCAGUCAGUUCUACCGUAGAUACUUCUAAAUCAGCAGCAACAUCUGCGUACGAUAAAGGUUCUUCUUACGUUAACUCAGCGAAAGACACAGUAUCUAGCACGAUAGAUAGUACUAAAAAUGUAGCAACAUCAGCUGUCGAUAAAGGAGUUUCUUUAGUAGGAAGUGCUAAAGAUUCAGUUACAAAUACAUUGUACGGUACAGUAGAUGCUAGUAAGAACGUGGCUUCAUCCGUUUAUGAAAAAGGAUCCUCAUUAGUAGAGGCAGCAAAAGAUACAGUAGCGAACACUCUUGAUACUACCAAAAACGUAGCGUCAUCGGCAGUAGAAAAGGGCUCUUCCUUAGUUGGUAGUGCAAAAGAUUCAGUAACAAGCACAGUCCAAAAUACAGUAGACACUACAAAGAAUGUAGCUAGCGCAGUUUACGACAAGAGUGCGUCACUCGUUACGGGUGCAAAAGAUACGGUCUCAAGUGUGGUGUCGGGCGGUUCCAAUGAUACAAUUAACACGACGGUAGAUCACACCAAGAAGGCUGCUGAGGAUGCAAAAGAGAAGGCAAGGUUGGCUGCGGAGGCCGCGAAGGAAGAGGCUAAACGAGCUGCUAAUGCAGCAGUAGAGGAAUCCAAGAAGGCAGCAGAAAAGGCUGCAGCAGAUGCAAGCAAUGCUGUUCACAGUACCAUCGACAACACAUUAAAACGUAUGGAAGGAGCCGCUGAUGAAGGCCUGAAGAAUGCUAGCCACGUCGUUGAUGGGAAGAUUAAGGAUGCCGACAAGUACCUCAAUGAGAAACGUGAAAAUCUGGUCUCAAACUUAACAUCAACAGCAAAAGAUGGCGCUGACGCGGCAGCAGGUCUUCUUAGCAAAGGCAUGACUCCAUUCUCUAAGUAAAUCUUAUUACAUAUUGUAUUCCUUUGCUAUAUUCAUUCGGGAAACUGACAGACUGCAUUGUAAAUAAAAAUAAUUAUACACAGAUUUUAUAUAAACCACAGAGGCCCUAGCACGAACGUUACGUCAAUACGAUACUGUCAGUUUUGACAGCUCGAAAUCGAUCUUACAAUAUGUAGUUUCUUUGCAAUAGCUAUUCGACUUUACGUUACCGAUGCUAACUUGAAGGCUUUCCCACCAAAUUUGGGGAAAUUAAGAUGUCCAGCUGAUUUUAGGGCGUAAUUUUUUAAGAAUAUUUUCUUUAACCGAACCAUUCUAUACAAUUAAUAUUAAGCCUCGAACACAACCGAGAAACUAAACAAAAUGUAAACUCCAAGCGUAACUUAAAUUUAAAUAUUAGAAAAUCAAAUGACAGCUACUUUAUACUAUUUACCUUUCAAACCGAGUGUACAACAAAAACUUUAUUAGUUUUUGAUAUCGAUUAAAAGCCCCUAGACUUUGAAGUCCUAGGAACAUUAUGUAGAAGUUGGCAUCGCUGAUUUGCGUAUUGUUCUUGCUAAAGCUUUCGACGAAGCACAAAACCUUUAUAAUAAUUUAUUAACUGUUAAAGAUACUUCAGAAAACUUAAAUGAGAUUGCAAUUUGUUAGAUUUCCCUUUGUCUCAAAUAAUUUAAUCUCUUAGGUGUUUGACAUUAGUUACUCAGUUUCAGCCUAACAUAUUGACAAUUAACCGCUGUCAACUCAUAUUUUAAGCUAGUUAUAAGAAUAUAUGCGCAUUUGUAUGCAAUUUAUCCAUUUGCUUGGCUUAAGAAAUGCCGUCCAAUGAUGCCUUUCCGAUAGUUGCACAAUAGUCGUAUCAUACAAACUUCAAAAUAUGGAAAAUUAAGCUAAGUGCUAAAUUACUGUAUCAUGCCUUCAACGUGUACAAUUAAUUUUUGAUAAUGAAUCAUUUCGCAAACUAUAUAUUACCUAUAUGCGUAUAUUUUAAUAUUUAUGCAUACAGUUAUGGAUCUUAUGUUAAAUUUCUAUGUUAUAUAUUUUAUUGGAAAUUAUUUAUAAUUAGAUAAGCAUCUUACAUUGAUCUUUGUUGUUGAAUAAAUCCUUGUCAUCCCAA